GACUCCAUCAUGGCGGCCGCUGUGAGACUCGUGUCGAGGCUGACUCUGGUCACCGGCGGAGGCAGCGGGAUCGGACGCGCGGUGUGCCAGCGCUUGGCGUCUGAAGGCGCCUCCGUGGUGGUCGCUGACAUCAGUGAGGAGUCGGCCAAUGAGACGCUGGGCAGCCUGCAGAGAGACCUCAGAGGGCAAGGUCACAUGGCGUCUGUGGUGGACGUCUCGUCGAAAGAGAGCGUGACCAAGCUGAUCACUAGUAUACAGACUCGUUUCUUCCAGCCUCCCUCGGUGUGUGUGAACGCAGCCGGCAUCACCCAGGACGACUUCCUGCUCAACAUGACGGAGGAGCAGUUCGACAAAGUCAUCCAGGUCAACCUGAAGGGUUCCUUCCUGGUCACGCAGGCCGUGGCUCAGGCCCUGGUGGCCUGUGGAGCAACCAAAGGAUCCUUGGUGACUGUCGGCAGCAUCGUGGGGAAGGUGGGAAACAUUGGACAGGCAAAUUAUGCCGCCUCUAAAUCCGGAGUGGAAGGUUUAACCAGAACUGCAGCCAAAGAGCUGAGCAGGUUCGGGAUCCGGUGUAACUGUGUGCUGCCGGGGUUCAUAUCCACGCCCAUGACGGAUAAGGUUCCGGAGAGAGUUAUCACCAAGAUGAAGUCUCUGGUGCCGAUGGGACGAAUGGGAGAACCUGCAGAGGUCGCUGAUGUUUGUGCGUUUCUCGCCUCCGACGACUCCCGUUACAUCACGGGCGCGAGCAUCGAAGUCACAGGUGGACUUUUCAUUGGCUGAAUCAAACGUCCGUCACGCUGCUGAAGACCAAUGGGAGGAGAGCUCCUUCGUAGUUCAUUUAAUUAUUAAAGGGAAGAGAUUCUGCUGUUUGUGGCUCUUUGAUCACCGUUGACUGUGUUUUACAAAUCAUGCACUUAAGUGUAAAGAUUGUUUUUGUGAUAAUAAAUACCUGAUGUUUGUGUA